AAAGAAGGAUCCAGAAUGCAGAGGACGCAAAGGAUCGCUGGGCCAGAUCGCUACAUUGCCAGCCGUAGCGCUCUGGACGUGGAUGUGGCCAAGUUCCUCCUGACCAGACAGAAGGACCCUGCUGAGGUGUCACCUGCCAAGAAGGAGCGCCAGAGAGCCCGGGCAGUGAUUCUGAACGGCUUUGAUGUGGAAGAGGCAAAGAUCCUGGGCCUCAGUGGAAAGGAUCAGAGCACUGUGGCAGGCUUUCAGAACAACCUCAAAGCGCUCUACAGGCACCAGGUGAUGCCUGGGUCCAUCAGGAGGAAGGGCCGACGCAUUUUGUCCGCAGCAGACCGGAUCCUGGAUGCUCCAGACAUCCGCGAUGACUAUUAUCUGACUCUCCUUGACUGGAGCACUCAAAACCUCCUGGCGCUGGCUCUGGACACCACUGUCUACCUGUGGGACCACACCACUGACGAGACCAUCAACCUCAUGGAGACAGAGUACGCAGCUGGUUAUGUUUCCUCUGUGUCCUGGGGUAACGGCGGAGACUGCCUUGCUGUUGGCACGAGCAAUGGUGAGGUGCAGCUGUGGGACAUCAAGCGUCAGAAACGUCUCCGCACUCUGACCAGCCAUGUGUCCCGUGUGGGCUGUCUCAGCUGGAACAGCUACAUCCUGUCCAGCGGGUCACGCAGUGGCCUCAUCCACCACCACGAUGUCCGAGUCGCUGAGCAUCACGUGGCCACGCUCGCUGGUCAUACACGGGAGGUGUGUGGACUGAAGUGGUCUCUAGAUGGCCACUACCUUGCCAGUGGUGGUGAUGACCAUGUGGUGAACAUCUGGCCAAGCAUCCAGGGGGGCCAUGGAGGAUUUGCUCCAGUCCAGACCUUCCGUCAGCACCAGGGUGCUGUCAAGGCUCUGGCAUGGUGUCCGUGGCAGUCCAGCAUUUUGGCCACUGGAGGCGGAACCAGUGACAAACGCAUCCGCCUCUGGAACGUGUGUUCUGGCAGCUGCCUCAGCAAUGUUGAUGCCCGUUCCCAGGUUUCUUCCAUCCUGUGGUCAACAAACUACAAGGAGCUCAUUUCAGGCCAUGGAGAGAAUCAGCUGGUGAUCUGGAAGUAUCCAGCCAUGUCCAAGGUCACCAAGCUGCGAGGUCACACAGGAAGAGUCUUGAGCAUGGCUCUGAGCCCUGAUGGAGAAACAGUGGCCUCGGUUGCUGGGGAUGAAACGCUGCGACUCUGGCGCUGUUUUCAGAUGGAUCCGAUCAUGAAGAAGGAGAAAGAGAAGGCCAACAGAGUCAUCAGCAGCAUCCUUCACCAGGCCAUACGCUAAGGGCAUGGGGUUGUUGGGGGGAGCGGGGAAACCUGGUUUACUCUUACUUAUCUUUUUCAAUGUUAUUAAAUGCUAAUUAGCGUUUUAAAUUUAACAAAGUGCUUUCAUUUGUCUUUUUUUUGUGAGUCUGCUGGAAGAGGAGGCCAUGGGUGACAGAAGCAAGCCCAGCGUGGAUGCGGUGGACGAGUCCCACGGCGUCACACCAGGAUGGUCUCCAAGCCAGGAUCCCCUGCCUUUGUGCCCACCGAGGAGGUUGCAGCGCUCUGCGCCCUGCGUGCUGGUCACAGAGACAGCCCUGGAGUGACAGCUGGGACGUCAGCGACUCAGGAGCGAUCACAAGGAAGCGCCUGCAGAACCGCUGAGCCCAGAGCCGUGUGGGAGCUGAGAGACCUUCUAGGAAUGGCUGAUGGUGUCGCCUGGGGGUACCUCAUGAUGGACUUGUGGUAAAGGUUCUCUAGAAAACCCUUAGAGACUCUGGGGAAGUGCUGCAGAUGUGGGGACUUGAGGAAAGCCCUGGAAGCCAUUAAGGUGGUCGUUCUGUCUGCCUCAGCUCUGGGAGUGCCCGAUUGAAGAAAACCUUUUGAGUUGUUUGUGCAGGAAAGACAGCCUCGAGCUUUGGGGGUCUUAGCCCAGAGAGCAGGAGACAGGGAAAGACUGGAGGGGUCAUUUUCUAAGCAAUUAGGUAACGUGAGUCAGGGGUGGCCAGGGCCUACGGGCAGUGGUGGCACAAGUGCUCCUGAUUGAAGGAGCUCCAAACAGCUGCUGUAGGAAAUGCAGCUGCCUUUCUAGGGGUAAAGGGAAUAUUGGAAUUAUGGAAUCAUAAUAGCCUUUAGAAGGUAAAUCUAUGGACGGACUCUAAAUAUGCUUCGGGGGCCAUCCAUGUCCAUCGGGCAGUAAUCAAAGAAAGAGGACUGUUAACUGCACAAGGAUCCCCCAUCAAGCAUCGAGAAGGAAUUCUGCAGUUGCGGGAAGACCUCCGGAAACGGAGAGAAGUGGCCCUAAUGCAUUGCAAGGCUCCUCAGGUGGGAAACUCCCCGAUGAAGGUACGUAAUGGGCUGUCCGAGCGAGCAGCUCAAGGGCAGCGGGAAAAGGUAUCUUGGUAUUAAUCCCUUCCAUAGAGAGAGAUCUGAAUAUCCAUUGUGGGAAGCUGUGAAUCUGUUUGACCGAUAAUCCUGUCCCUCUCAAGCGCUCUCCCCCGGGAGUCACUCACAGAGGAAAUGCCCCUGGUGAUCCCUGACAGAGAGAUUUCUCUGAACUGCCCCGAUGGGGCGGAUCCCGGGACCUGUUGGGACCAGGAGACACAUUGUCAGGCUGUCCAGAGGCAUUACCAUGCAGCAGGCCUAAAGCAAGAGAGGUGACUAAAACCUCCUUGAAGGGAAUUAUACCAGGGUUUGCAAUUCCCAUAGGUCUGUUGUCAGCUAGAGCUCCUCACUUUAUAGCAGAGAUUGUACAAGAGUUGAGCCAAGUCCUAGGAAGAAAAUGGGCCCUGCCCACCCCCUGGAGCCCCCACUAGUGGGAAAGCGGAAAGGAUGAAUCAAACUCUGCAGAGACCAAAGGGUAAGAUUUGUCAGGAGCCUUCUUUGCGGUGGUCCCAAGCUCUUGCACUGGCUUUGCUAAGAACAAGGCUACAGCCAAGAGCUGAGACUUAAGACCAGUCUGUAUGAAUUAAUGUUUGGGAGGCCUUAUCAAAUGACCAUUUUUCCUCAAGACAGAGUGUUAAAAAGAGAAACAGAGCUAAAUUCUUCUCUGCUGUCACUGGGUAAAACAGUGAGUGACCUGGGGUGGUGUGUAACAUGUUCUGAGCCUCUCGCUUUAGAUUCUCCAGGACACCCUUUCCAGGCUGGAGAGUACGUCCACAUCAAGACGUGGGAGAGCGGAACUUGCAGAAAGCUGGAAGCAACCCUUUCAGGUGCUGAUAACAACUCGCACCGCCCUUCAGGUAGAAGAAAUCGACAGGUGGAUACAUUAGAUGGACGUGGAGUCAGCACCGAGUUGGGAGUGGAGAACUGUCCUUGAGGCCAGGAAUCCUCUCCAGAGGAAACUGCAGAGAAGCACCAGGGACUGACAUUUAAAAACCAAGGAGAGAUCCAAGAAACUCCUGUGCCCUCUCUGGUUUGAGAAGACCUGGGAAACCUCUUUGGAUCUGAGCUGCCAAGAAAAGUGACGGGAUGAGAAGCACCGGUGAUGGAUGCCUGCAAAGCAGUGGGACUGGUGAGGGAGGAGAUUCCGGCCCUCUGCUCCGCUCUGAGGGAGCAGUGGCUGUGGCAGAGAUGUUCUGUGCAUCCAUAGCAGUGGGAUCGGCGAGGGAGGAGAUUCCGGCCCUCUGCUCUGUUCUGAGCGGGCAGAGGAGGGGCUACAACGCAGAGAAAACCAGGGCAAGGCAAGCAGCCAGCUAGAGUCCAAGUGGAGAGAAAUGCUGAAGCCUGGUUAAUAAGGAAGAGGUUCCACUGCUGAAACAGAUGAGAAGGAGAAGAAGGGGCUCUAAGACCUGAAGGAAGGGCUCUGUCUGGAGAUGGAGGUCAGAGAGAAGUUGAUGGGAGUACCCAUCAAGAGCCCCUGCAGGAUCCUCACCUGCAGGACAGCGAGAGGGAAAAGCAAUGUGUCGGUGCCCUCCAUGCCAACAGUAUUCAGGGAUCAGCUGAGGCUCUGCAAAAUGCCUUUAUCCUUGCGCCACGUUAUGGGCUGUGCGGUACCUGCAGCGGUGGGACUUCUUGGCUGCUGGUGGAUCUACUCCCGCAGAAAGAGGCGUACAAUCUGUCCUGACCAAAGAGCAACAGGCCCCAGGACAGAGCAGCAGGAGGAAGUUGCAGGGGAGGAAUCAUCA